CGAAGUAUGGCUCUCCACAAGAUGGCUCUGGUCACACACACCAUGCUCAGACACCACUACCUCCCCCUCCUUCUCCUCACACUCCACACAGCCUUAGCCGCCACGCCCUGGACACUGCAGGACACCCAGGCCACUUUGCAGGAUUUCAAGCACCCCUGUGUGAGGACAUGCACCCCCGGGGACAAGAGGGAGUGUCAUUAUUCCUUCACUGUGGAGUGGUACAGAAGUCUUGGCCCGGAGUGUGGUGAGUGUCCCCUGAACCACACACACUGCGCAAACCACCAGUGUGUGUUUACUGACGGUGUGCGCAGACCCUUGGUGACCGUCAACAGGAGGCUGCCUGGACCCGCCAUACACGUCUGCCAGUGGGACGAGGUGGUGGUAGAUGUGGAAAACGACCUCCACCUUGACGCCACCUCGAUCCACUGGCACGGCAUCCACCAGCGAGGCACUCCCUACAUGGACGGGGUGCCAUUUCUAACGCAGUGUCCCAUACAGCCUGGCACCACCUUCAGGUAUCGCUUUGUGGUAGAUGAACCUGGCACUCAUUACUGGCACUCACACUCAGGAUUUCAGAGGACAGAUGGCAUGUUUGGCGCCCUCGUGGUCCAUCAGGUGCCAUCCAGUGACCCCACGAGGCUAUACGACACUGAUGACCCAAGACACACCCUGGUUCUCACUGAUUGGCUAAACGGAUUAAGUUUUCAUAAAUUCAUCAACUUAAAUUCUGCUGAGGACGAGGACAAGCCCCACACUCUGCUAAUCAACGGGAAAGGAAGAUUUGUGUCACGCAGAAGGAGUGAAGAUGCUGAGACGCCCUUGCAUGAAGUCACGGUGGAACAAGGCAAGAGACACCGGUUCAGAACACUCAGUAACAGCAUUAGAAACUGUCCCAUGGUGAUCUCCGUAGACAGCCACACCCUGCUUGUCAUUGCCACGGACGGCCACCCCAUAGAACCCAUAGAAGUGGACUCGCUCACAAUAUACGGCGGGGAGCGUUGGGACUUCAUUGUGACAGCCAAUCAGGAGAAGGGAGUGUACUGGGUCAAGUUUCAAGGUCUGAUGCACUGCGGGACACGCCACAAGUCAGCCUACCAGUUGGCAGUGCUGCGGUACAAGGGGUCUGAGGGCGUGCCGGUCACCAGGACACCCACCACCUACCACUCCACCAUACGGAAGGGCUUUCAAUUGAACACCCUGGACGAGGCCCCGGGGAAUGACACCUUUCUGACCGCAGCCGAGAUAAGGUCAGUCACGCCAGCCAAGGAGGACAUCAUCGGCACUCCUGACUUCACCUUCUGGCUCAGUUUUAACUUCUACGCCACCAAAAAGGCUCCUCACGUAAUGGUGCAUAUCAACGGCAUAUCCUUCAAGCUGCCCUCCUCCCCCCCUCUCCACCAUGCCAAUGUUGACACCAGCGCCUUCUGCAAUGACACCGCCAGGAUAAAUUGUGACGAGGGGUUCUGCCGAUGCCCUCACGUCCUUUCUGUGCCACAAGACAGCCUGGUGGAGGUCAUACUUGUUGAUGAAAGCUUCGUGAACCACCCUUUCCACCUGCACGGUCACUCCUUCUACGUGGUGGGCAUGGGGCAGCUGGGAGAAGGCAUUAGUAAAGCCAAGGUUCAAGAGCUCGAUGCUUCAGGUUUGGUGUCUCGGAACUUCGAACGAGCGCCUCUCAAGGAUACAGUCACGGUGCCGAGAGGAGGGUACACCAUCAUCCGCUUUGUGGCAUCUAAUCCUGGUUACUGGCUGUUCCACUGCCACCUGACCUUCCACGUGGAGAUGGGCAUGGCUUUGGUCUUCCACGUAGCUGGCAACCACACAGCACCACCACCACCUGACCUUCCGCGCUGUGGCCUCUCUGCUGUGUGAAGAAAGAUGGUGCUGUGAUGUGCUGUUCAUUAACUCUAUUUCAUUUUCCUAAAGGUGUUUUGAAAUUGGGGUGUACAGUAAUGGCACAGCAAAGUAGACACAGCACACAGCACUCUAGACGGUACACUGGGCUACACUACAUGGCAACACAGCACUAGGACAUAUUAAUGAUAAGCCACAACAACACAGCAUAGAUCACAGCAACACCACACCACAAGUCACAGCCACAGCUACACCAGAUCACAGCAACACCACACUACAACACAGCAACACUAAGUCACAGCCACAGCAACACAGCAAAAUUAGAUCACAGCAACACUAAACACCAAAUCAAAGCCACAGCACCACUACACCACAACACAGCACCCCCAGACCACACCACAGCAACACAGCACCACCAUACCACAGCACCACAGCAAAAUUAGAUAAUAAAUGUCUCCUUCACAU